AUGUAUAUUUCAGGUGGUAAUAAUGCCACGAUUGUCAUUCAUGAAUUUGUCCUUCUGGGUUUCCUGUGUAGCCGAGAAGUAGAAAUUCUCCUUUUCAUUUUUUUCUCUAUCGUCUACAUCCUGACAUUGUUGGGUAAUAGUGCUAUUAUCUGUGCUGUGUGGUGGGACCAGCGACUCCAUACUCCCAUGUAUACAUUACUGGCCAACUUCUCUUUCUUGGAGAUCUGCUACAUUAAUUCCAAUGUGCCUAAUAUGUUACUCAAUUUUCUCUCUAAGACAAAAACCAUCUCCUAUAAUGGCUGCAUCCUACAGUUCUACGUCUUCCUCUCUCUUUGUGCCACAGAACUUUUCUUCUUGGCCCUCAUGGCAUUUGACAGAUAUGUUGCCAUCUGCCAUCCACUACACUAUCCCAUCAUAAUGACCAAAAAAGUCUGUGGAGCCCUUGUCUCUGCCUGUUGGAUGGGUGGCUUCCUCUGGUUAGUGACACCUGCCACUCUUAUUUCCCGAGUUCCAUUUUGUGGUUCAAAUGUCAUUGAUCACUACCUGUGCGAUCUGGGGGCAAUGCUGGCUGUAUCAUGUGUACCAGUCCCUAAGACAACUCUGACUUGCAGCACUUUUAGUGCUGUGAUAUUGCUAGCUACUUUGUUCUAUAUCCUUGUGUCCUAUACUCUGGUCCUUCAAGCUGUGUUUCAGGUUCCCAAAGGUUCAGGUAGGAGAAAAGCCUUCUCCACAUGUGCCUCCCACCUACUAUUGGUGUCCCUAUUUUAUGGCUCAGUCAUGGUGAUGUAUGUAAGCCCUGGGGCAGCCAAUCAGCCUGGCCUGCAGAAAUUUGUGACUAUGUUCUAUUCAAUUGCAACUCCACUGUUAAACCCUCUGAUCUACAGCCUCAGGAAUAAGGAGAUGAAGAUUUCCUUGAGAAAAUUCUUCUGUAAAGUUUAA